UUUCCCUCCACAUCAGUGACUUGGUUCUGCUUCAGGACUUUUACAAAGACCAUCAACAAGUCACACUGGAGGUUUUAUUUAGAUGUGGAUGUGCUUAGCGUCACUUUUUUGAGUCCAAGUUGUUAUUUUUCCUGCUUUACGAUGGCGGCAGUUAGGUCCACCGCAAGGUCCGUGUUUGUGCGGAUCUUGUGGCUGCUGUGCGGGUUCUUCUUCUUCACCCUGGCUACCAAAAGCGAGAGUGGACGCCGUGAGGUGUGCCAGCCUGUCUCCAUCCCGCUUUGCGCCGACGUUCCCUACAACCAGACCAUCAUGCCGAACCUCCUGGGCCACACCAAACAAGAAGACGCGGCGCGGGAGAUGCACCACUUCGACCCGCUGAUAAACGCCAGUUGCUCGGCGGAUCUCACCAUGUUCCUGUGCACCGUGUACGCGCCCGUGUGCACGGUGCUCGAGGAACCCAUCCCCCCGUGUCGGGACCUGUGUGAGCGGGUGCGACAAGGAUGUGAAGCCCGGAUAACGGAAGCGGGUUUCCAGUGGCCAGAGAGGCUUCCUUGCGAGGAAUUCCCGGUGUCAGGACUCUGCGUGGGGAGCACAGCCUAGCCUUGCUAGCAACAGCGACUUCUUUGCUUCGGCUCGACCAUUUUCCAUCAUACAAUCUGUACUACCGUAAAAGGCUUUAGAUAUGACACUGUUGCUUUAAUUCAGUGGUGUCCAAAGUGUGGUCCAGGGGCCAUUUUUGGUACACUGUUUUUUCUUGGCUGCUGGAACAUUGUAAACAUACAAUGAUUCCAGAUUUGGAGGACAUUUUACAUUUCAGCCAUAAAAUGUCAUAUAAUCCAUGGCCAAAAUACUAAAACAUGCAGUUGUUGAGUAAGUCGUACUUGUACUGAGACAAAAUUUAAAUACACGGGGAGAAAAUAUCUAAUUUAAUAAAUAAAAGAGUGGUAUAGUAUCUCCGAAAAUGCUAUUUUUUCUUUUCCCAUCCCUUUGAUGACCAAAGUGAAUGUCAAUUCAAUUCAAACGUCCUUUCUUUGGUCUUGUUUUAUUCAUAAAGUGCCUCAAGUAAUUGUGGUAUAAUUUGUUUUAAUCAGCAUAUAUUUUACAUUUACAUUUUUAUGCAAUUAUAUUGUUUUAUAAAUUAAUUAGCCCUGCUUGAAUGUCUCACUCAAUCUCACACUGUUACAUAAUUAUCAGGAUAAAACAAAUAUAGUUUCUUUUCUUUACUACUUUAUUUACCUUAGUUUGUCCGCUUUAAGUGCAGUAACAGUUAGUUAAAUCGCUAAAACCCCCCCCUCAUUUUUGCACAAAUUGACAACCCUGUUUCUUUUCUGCUCUGCUUUCAAGUACCUGAAUGUUGGUAACCACAUAUCAUCAAAAAUGUCAAAUAAUAAAUAUGCCUUUGAUAUCUGAUCUGAGCUACAGAUUAUUUUACAGAUUAUUCAUGAAUACAUCACAGAAAAUUGGGAAAGAGAAUGUGUGCUAUUUUACAUUUCGAAGCCGAAAUGUCCUCCAAUUGUGAAAAGGGUCAGGAAAUAAGAAAACUACCAAAAAAAAACAACAGCAAAAAUGUUCAAAAAUGGCAAAAGGGUGAGAAGAAGUUGAAAUGUUGCUACUGGGGAUAUUCGAUAAUAUCGACCGACCAAUAUUUUGGAAUAAAAAUUACAUAUUGGUUCAUAUUGGCAUGGGAUUUUGCUGACAAUGACAUCAGCACACGAGUGAUGACAAGGUUGCAAGGUGUCUGCUGUCUGGAAUUAUUUCCAAGUUUCACCUUCAGAUUGUAAAUAUACAGUUUGCAAUGACUGCAAAGAGCUGAAAGGGAGCAUAAGGAUGAACCUUUUUAGAAAAUUAAAAAAUAUUAAACUGGCACCCCUGUCUUUUGAUUUUUAAGUAUGUUGUAAUAUGAACACCAGGUCAAUGUCCCCUUUGCAAAGAA